UGGUGCCAUCAAACAAUUGAAAAUAGUCAUUUGCGUAAGUUGCUGCCCGGGCCAGUAACGCUAGUAUUUGAACGUUCCUCACAGCUUCCGAAAGUGUUCAAUCCGGAUUAUACGACAGUUGGUGUGCGGAUUCCCGAUCACGAUUUUGUUCGUUCACUUAUGACUCGGUUGGAUGAUGUCCCGCUUGCACAGACCAGUGCUAACAUAUCUAGCGUCCCGAAAAGCCCACUCUCCAUUGAGGAUUUUAAAGAUUUAUGGCCAGAAUUGGAUUUGAUCAUCGAUGAUGGCUUUAUAACGCAUUCAGAUGGAAGUGUAUACCACGAAGUGCAAGAACUGCAACCGAAGAAAAGUUGA